AUGUCUGAGGAGCACGCACGUUUCCUGUUCAUGCAGCUGCUCGAUGCAGUUGCCCACUGCCAUGAGAAUGGCAUCGUCCACCGGGAUAUCAAGCUGUCGAAUGUCCUCCUCGAUGGCGGCAAGUGUCCCAGAGUCAAGGUUUGCGAUUUCGGACUGUCGAAGGACUUCUUCAAUAAUGAAUGCAGGUGUUGUCCACCGGCGGGCUCCCCACUGUACAUGCCGCCUGAGGUGUUGAAAAACGUCGUGAGGCGUGUCCAUUCUCAGCACGACCCAAUGAAAUCGGAUGUCUGGAGCCUGGGGGUCAUCUUGUUCGCCAUGCUUCUCGGAAGGUUCCCGUUCGGCUCCCAGCGCCCGGCUGGCACCGGCGCCCUCUCGCGCAGGUCGUGCCGCCUGUCGCGCAGCUGGGACAACUUCUCCGCUGGCUGCGCCACGCCCAAGGGCCCCCACCGCUCCGACCUGCGCUUCCUGCUGCGCAACAUGGUCAAGGCCCACAGCGCGGACCUGCAGCACCUCAAGUCCGAGGUCUGGGGCACCUGCAAGCUGUCCCCAGACUGCCGCGCCCUGCUGGACGGCCUGCUGGCCAUGGACCCCUCCGUGCGCCUUAGCCUGGCCGAUGUCCAGCACCACAGGUGGGUGAACGGGCCGCUGUUCCUAGAGCACGCGCAGACGAUCGCGGGCGCGCGGCACGAGAUGGAGCGCCGCCAAGAGGACAGGGCGGGCAGGGAGAAAUCCGGGGACCCGGAGGAGGCCAGGGCGGACGAGGAGCUGGCGGAGAUCGCGGGCAUGGCUGCGGAGUUCGGCUGCCCCGGCGACGCGCUCGUGCGCUGGUCGCCGGUAGCCGAGCGCGCUGGGAGGGAGAGUGCCGGCGUGGAGGACAAGGACCUGUUCGAGACCCCGGGGGGCCUCAAGCGCCGGACGGCGUCGAUAUAA